AUGAAAUUCCGCCAACGUGUGUCUGUUCAUGUUGGAGUACGGAUUAGGAAGAAGCCUAGCGAUGCGCAUUCCUUUACAAAGUGCAUCCAGGACGCUGCAAAGGAAACGUUCCUGGUCCCAUUGCCGCGGAAGAAGUUUGCCUUUACAUCUGCGGAAACAAAUUCCACGUACAAUUCUGUAUGUGUCGCGCGCAGCUCUGGUGACUUCAACCAGGAAAAGCGUCUUAGAAGGAAGCUGCGUCGUCAACUGCAACAAGACCACGAUGACGAGUGCACAUCAAGAAUGGAGUUUGAGAAGACGUGA